AGAUAUAUAUAUUUUUUAUCGUUUUAUAAUUCUUUCAUAGCUGUACUUAUCAAAACAAUUGCUCAUGUACGUUAUAUAAUAAUAAACGCUAUGCUAGAAUAUAUUGUUUCAUAUUUACUAAGAGAUUAAUAUAAAUGCAUAUGUAUGACAUCAAGAACAGCCUUAAUAUUCUCUGUAAUAAAAAAAAUACGUUAUUUUAUUUUUUAAUAUAUGUAUCUUUUGCAACACACUUAGUAAAACCCAUAGAUGUAAUAAGUAUAGACACUAUAUGCACAUUUCUUAUCUUAAUUGUCUUCACUUCUGUGCAUUAGAAAGAGUGCGCGAUAUGCUGCAUCGUACUAACAUCUCUUUAAUUCGCUCUGGAGCAAUAUUUAAUAUCAUUAUCCCCACUGAACUAUAAUACAUACUCGGUGAUUAUCCCCCACUACUGAUAUCUUAAGAUGAGAGAGCGACACAGAUUAAGCUAUUUUAACCUUUCCAAAUCGGCAGUGACUAUCCUCAUUGAAACGCGCAAUCUGUACUCAUUACAUCUAUGAUAAAGUAAUUGACGUAAUAACACCUUCUCAUCACCUUCUUAUCGUCUUCUCGUUCACGUCGUCGCUGCUUCAUCACGUUUGAUGUGCCCCAGACAUUAGAUUUCUAAGUGACCCGGGGAUUCAAAUUGCAAAAUGUCCGUCGACACGUGUAACAAAGUCACGCACUGCAUUUUCGAUAUGGACGGUUUGUUGCUCGACACGGAAUAUCUGUACACCAAGGCCUUCAACCGUAUCACCAAUCGUUACGGCAAGGAGUGGACGUGGGAGCACAAAGCGCACACGAUGGGCUUCAAGACCAAGAACGUAGCCGGCUACGCGGUUAAAACGUUGGAGUUACCUUUAACAGCCGACGAAUUCAUGCAAGAGAUUACUGGGAUCUUUCAGGAAUUAUUUCCGCAAGCCAAUCCCAUGCCAGGCGCCGUUCGGUUAUUGAAACACCUGAAAGAGAGCAACGUUCCGAUUGCGUUGGCCACGAGCUCGGAUCGCGGGAACUACGAGUUGAAGACCCGGCGUUGGCGCGACCUCUUCGACCUCUUUCAUCACAAAGUGCUCGGCGGCUCGGAUCCCGAGGUCGCGCGCGGGAAACCGGAGCCCGACAUAUUUUUCGUAGCUGCCAAGCGUUUCCCCGACAAUCCGGAUCCUUCGAAGUGUCUGGUCUUCGAGGAUGCGCCGAAUGGCGUGAAAGCGGCACUUAAGGCUGGCAUGCAGGUCGUUAUGGUGCCGGAUCCGAUGCUUCCGAAACAAUACACGAGCGAGGCGACCCUGGUCUUGGACAGCCUUGAAAAGUUUCAACCGGAGAAGUUCGGACUACCGCCGUACGUGACAUAGUGCACCCUCCUCCGAGUUUAUCGCAUGUGACGCGGAUUCGUGGACGAGAUACGUAUAUGCACGGAAUCAUCUCAGUAAAAAAAAUAAUUUAA